GCCACUACAGCCCCAAGGGCGUGCGCUCCGCCGGGCCCACGCGGGCGCUGCUGAAGAUGGGCUCCGGCCUCCAGGGCUACUACGAAAGCACCCUGAACGCCAGAGCCCGGCCGAUCAUCCUGGGGAUGGUUGAGACUGCCGAGGGCGUCAAGAAUGUCAAGGAGAUCCUUGAGGCGGACCUGGACGGAGUGUUUCUUGGGCCUCUGGACCUCAGCGUGUCUUUGGGGGAGCCCUGCAGCGCCACCAAGGGCAAGAAGACCCGAGAGGCCAUCGCCGGCAUCGCAGCCCGCGCCCAGCGGAAGCGCAAGAUCUGCGGGAUCUACGUGCCCGACAGGGAGAGCAGCGAGUACUACAUCUCCAAGGGCUUUCAGUUGGUGGUUUGCGCCCACGACAAGGUGGCGCUGGCCAAUGGGGCGGCGGCGCUGAUGCCUCGGAGCUGCAAGCGGGUGAAGACCAGCCACGUGGGCGCCCUGCCGCGCCCGGACUGGCUGCCCAUCCAAGGAGAGCUGCCCCAGCCCCCUGACUACGCGAAGAAACUGCACGAUGCAACGGUGGAGAUCAUGCAGAAGCAGCUCGAUGUGGGCUUGGACGAGAUCAACGACGGGGAGCUGGGGCGCCGGGGCUACGCCGCCACGGCGCGCCAGCGGCUGAGCGGCUUAUGUCCCCCCAAAGCGGCGGAGGUGGGCUCCUGCACCGCAGCCAUCGCCUACCUCCCAGAGGGCCUGGAGGAUCUGCGGGAGGAGCUGAGGCGAGUGCAGGCGGCUGCCCAGGAGCUGGGUGUUCCCAUGGAGCGUGUCUUCUUCUCAUCUCCGUCCCCGGGGACGUUGGCCAACUUCUUUGGCAACGAGUUCUACAAGACCCAAGAGGAGUACAUCGAUGCGCUGGGCGCUGCCAUGGCCACGGAGUAUCGCGCUAUCCAGGAGGCGGGCUUCAAGCUCCAGGUGGACUGCCCAGACCUGGCCAUGGGCCGGCACACGCGGUUUGCCCAGAAGCCCUUGAGCGAGUUCUUGAAAGCGGCCAAGUACCACGUCCAGGUCAUGAACCAGGCUUUGGAAGGCCUGGACUGCUCCAAGAUCCGCAUGCAUGUGUGCUGGGGCAACUCUCCGGCCCCCCACGACGUGGCCUUGGCGGACAUCGCGGCGCUCGUGUUGUCCGCGAAGCCCAGGUUCAUCUCCUUCGAGGCGUGCAACCCGGGCCAUGCCCAUGAGCACGAGGUCUGGAAGACUGUGAAGGUGCCGGCGGACAAGGUGCUGAUGCCCGGAGUGCUGGACACCACCACUGCCCACGUCGAGCACCACCGGCUGGUGACCCAGCGCCUGCAGGCCUACGCCAUGUCGGGGGAUUGCGUCAUGGCGUGCACGGACUGCGGCUUCGCGGAUCCGAAGCUCAAGGACGUCGCCUACUCCAAGAUGGCCUCCAUGGCCAAAGGCGCCGCCGCCUUGGCGGCGGAGCCGUACGCCGUGGCGCGGUGCAAGGACAUGGCGCUGGACGUGGCCCUGUCGGCCGCUUCGCCGGGCGAGCCUUCCACCAUGGUGCUGGGGCGCCUGGCCAAUCUCAGGGAGCCCAUGAUCCCUGGCUCCUACGGCUACACCAUGAACUACACCACGGCCUUGGGCAAGGGAAGUGCCCUCCAGCGGCGUUCCAACGUGGCGAUCUUUGUGCCACUGGACGGCCCCUACGAGUUCGCUUACGGGUCGAAGGGCCAGCACAAGGCCAUGGAUCGCGGAAAACAGGGAGUCCGCGCCGAACACGAUCACUUCGACUUGGUAGCGGAGCCCGUGUGUUGCUUUCCUGGCGACCACGGGCGACGGGUACGAACGGCCUUGUUCGUGCUCGUGGCACUACUUGCAGUACUGUGCCUUCGUUCUCUUCCUGGCUUCUGCCUUGUGGAGGAGGGCGAACAUGAGCCCAAUCACGCCAUGAGCUCGCAGAUAAAGUUUGCUCAUGGUGCCUUGACGCACUCCGGAGUUACCUUACUACGCACUGAGUUUCACAUGGGUGGCCUUCCCGACUACCACACCAAGAAGCACGAGCCCGUUGCAGGCAAGCACAUCUUUGAUGAACGGCUCCAGGGAAACACGCUUGGCAUGGCGAUCAACGAGGUUGAGGACACCAGCAUCGGCGACAUGCCGAACGAGCACUACGGCCAGUCCCAGGACAGCGGCUACGGCAUCCCGCCGCACCUCAAUGACCCCGGCAUGGUUCCACCUGGACAUGAUCAACCGGAGGUGGAGCAUGCAUUGGCGUUGGAUCAUCCUAGUGGAGGUGGAAUGCAGGUGAUGAAGUUGGUUAUGGGCAUUUCCAUCAUGCAGCACUUCGUGAGUGGCAACCUGCCGGACAUGUUCCAGACCCCGGACAACACCAACGGCACGACCGCUGACGCCAAGAAUGGCAUCGACAACCGAUUGCACAUGCCCUCGAUGAUAUGGAUACUGAUCUUGCUACUGCCGAUGGGCGUCAUGGCAUUAGCAUUGACGAGCGGGUUCAGACCAAGGUGGCACAAUGGCAACCCCGCGGGUGACUCCACGCAUGCAGGCGCAGCGACGCUCAAGGUGCCACCAACGUGGUGCGUGGAGCGGAACGGUAGCUGGCUGAGCGACUUGGUCCUCUGGGCAUCAGCCACGGACAUGGAGCAGCAGCGGCAAGGGCCGGUGGCAGCACUGCAGAUCACGGGUGCCGCCAGAGAAAUCAUCAGGGAAAUCCCGCCGGCCACGCUCAGAGACGGCGUGAACGACAACCUGGGCAAUCACGUUCCUGGAAUCAUGGUGCUUGCCCAAACGCUAGCCAACCGGUACGGCCCCCUGGAGAUUGAGUCGAGCUCAAGAGCCUUGUCAGUGGAGGUGCUCAUCCUGAUCCUUGGCAGCCUCAAGAACAACCAGCACCGGGCAACUGGUCCCGGUUUGGCCGGAGCGGAAGCCACGCGGAGCAGUGGCAACGACCUGGAUUACCAGUGCCGCACCUGCGGUACCUACUUUGACGAAGAGUUCAGCUCCGGCACGGACACAGAUGUGGAGUUGGACGAGGAGGAGCUCAAGUACUACAAGACCGUUGAAGUGGACGGCCAAUCCAGGACGGACGUGGACGCUGUGCAGGGUGAGCUCUACCACGACUACAUGAUGGCCAAACAACGAUGGAGACGGUUCACCGGGCGACCGCCAAGGCUGAUCCUCCUGGCUGGCGGCCACAUCCGGGAGCAGGAGGUGGAACCUCGUCCCAUGGCGGAGGGCCUGGCAAUCGACCUGGACGACACACAGAGCAUCAGCAAUGCGCUUUACAAGUGUGUCUUCCGCAGGGAGCGAAGUCUCAUCGUCAUCCACGAGGCGGAGAACCCGUUGGCCGACAGUCCUCCGAACUGGACGCCAACGAUCAACAUCAACCCGCAGGACCAGCUUCGUCAGCGAGCGGUGGAUGGCAUCAGCUCUCUCAUAUUGGGCAUCACGUCACAGCAGCCAAAGGCAAAGAGCUUUCCCGGAUUCGGCGGAAAAGGACACUUUCCUUGGUGGGAGGUUGAGAAUGAGAUCCCAGGGCAGGUGGGCGAUCGGCAGGGCACAUACCAUUUGAAAACCAGAUUGGACGGUAACAGGGUCGGCUUGCUGGUCGACCCGGGCGCUCAUGACAACCUGAUCGGCUCCCGCACUCUGGAAAAGCUGACACUGCAGGUUGGGCCGCAUCGAGAGCGGCCACUCACCAGGAAGCUCACCAUCGAAGGCGUUGGCCGUGGAGCUCAGGAGGCGACGAUUGCGGCACAAGUUCCAAUUUGGAUGACCGAUGAGCAAGGCGGUGAACUUCAUGGAAGCUUCAACGCGCCAGUUGUGCCGGACUCCGAGCUUCCCCCUCUGCUCGGUCUGCGCAGUUUGAUGGCGAAGUCCGCGGUACUGGACAUGGGCACCGAGCGGUUGAUCAUUCCUGGAGAUGGCGGGCUGCGUGUACAAGCCAGCCCGGGUACCAUUGUCUUGCCUCUGCAGGUCAGCGAGUCAGGACAUCUCAUCUUGGAGGUGGACACCUGGAUGCAGUUUCCCGAUGAGGAGAGCCGAGUACCACCCGACGACCUGGUAUUCACCAUGGGAUGCAGGCAAACCCGCGAUGAGCGGCGUUCGAGGAGCCUGAGCGGGAAGGUUGACAAGUCGCCGGUGGGCGGCAAGCUGCACUGGUGCAGCGAGAAUGCAUCAGACAAGCAGCACUACAAGCUCUUGGAGUACGCACUAUGCAUUUCCAUCACGAUCUUCAUUCACGUGGUCACGGUCAGUAUCUUCUGCGAGCGCUACAAGCACAACAACCACAACUCCUUUGGAUACGGCUGGCCGGACCAUGAGCCAGGCAUGGAACUUGAGACCGGGGCCUCGGCGUUACAGCGCCUGAACGUCACGAGGCACCACUUUUGCAAUUACCAGUCUUUGACGGAACGUGAAGCACUACCUUGCAAAGCGGUGAUUCUGCUCUACAGCAACUGCAAUCUGCCCUCAGUGGAUGGUUGUCACUGUGGGCAAUCACAGCAGCACUACAACCUCAAGGAGCUGAAUAAGACCCAGCAACACAACGUGGAGCAGGAAGUGGUUCACGGCAUCGUAAAAGGCUGCGCCAAGCAUCUUGUGGCGACGGGAGAGGAAGCGAUCCGCCAGAAGGACAAGAAGAAGGCCGGUCACGUUGCAGUACGCCGGAAGAUCCUCGCGGAAAGACAUGAUGAUGAUUGCGGGGAGAACUUGAGCGGACUGGGAAAGAGUGACUUAUAG